ACAUAAAAAACAUUUUUAAUCAGUAAAAAGAAAGGACACAUUCAAAAACUGGUAAAACCGUCCUCUCCUUUUAAUUCGUGUUUCCUUCUUGGUCACUACUUUGGUAACAAGUAGGUCCCCACCUCUCAAGAAUAUUGCAUCUGACCAGCCAGUGUGAACACAGGCCCCAACCAGGGCUUCUGGAAUAACAAGAACAGCAAAACCAGCUUCUUCUUUUUAGAAAGUCUCUUGUUUCUCUCCUUUUCCAAUGAGUCAUGGGCACAACGCCUUGGGAUCACCCUGCCUCAAUGACCUGAGGAGGCAGCGAGUCUCUUCAAUUUAUCAAGGCAGCCUCAACUCACUCUUCCUCUGCUUCCAGAUGUUCAUAUUGGUUGCAGGAGCAUUCCAAGUCCAAGGGCCCCAAGAACCUGUGGUGGCCAUGCUGGGUGGUGAAGCUGAGCUUCCCUGCAUCCUCACACCUCGUCAAAGUAUUAAAUACAUGAAAAUAAGCUGGACCCAAUGCUUACCUUCCCAGGUGGUGCACCUGUAUGAGGAUGGGAAGGACAAGCCUGAGAAAGUCAUGGGAGAGUAUUUAGGGAGGACACAGCUUAUGAAAAAUGCCAUGCAUAAGGGGAUCGUGACCCUGAGAAUCCUCAAUGUCCAACCCUCUGACAAUAAGCAGUAUCGCUGUGUGAUCCAAUAUGGCUCCUUCUACAGUGAAGCAGUGAUUGAGCUGAAAGUGGCAGCUCUCGGCUCACAUCCUCAGUUACUUGUGGAAGUCACUGAGUCCAGCAAACUCCGAUUAGAGUGCAAGUCAGAGGGCUGGUUCCCUCAGCCAAAGGUCCAGUGGAUGGACUCUGAGGGGGGAGAAAUUCCAGCUGAGUCUGAGACUCGGCAGCCCUAA